AGUGUCAACGAGUUCAACUGCAAGGUGAACCAUUGCAAGCAAAGCUGAGAGAGUGAGAGAGCGAGGCGUAAGGAGAUAGAGAGAGAUCUGCUUCAUCGAGCGCACAAAAGCUCGAUUGCUCGCAACGGAAGCGGCACGCGAUAAAAAUUUAAAUUCCCAUUUUGCAGUUGUGAGAAACAUGUUUAGUUUUCGCAUUCAGUUCUCAAGGCAAAGAUGAAGUGUUUACAGCUCAUUUUCGUAGCGCUGCUCAGCUUCAACUGCAGCCAGGCAUUGUCCAAAAGUUACUCCACGGACUACACAGAUCUGUUGGAUUUGGAGGAUAAUGAUGAGUUCGUCUGGGGCGCUGCUGAGAAUAAGCAAUAUAGUCGUACUAAUGCCAGUGCUGAGCAGGCCAAUGAUAAUGAUAAUGCCGGCAUAACCAAUUUUCUAGCACGUCAUCGCUUAAGCAAGCGACAGGCAGACAACGCUGCCCCAAUACUGGAAAACAAGGACUAUGGUGCCUGUCGCACUUCGCUUGGCGAUGAAGGACGCUGUCGCCACAUAAUUUACUGCCGCAUGCCGGAGCUGAAGGAUGAUGUGUGGCGCUUGGUUGCACAGCUGUGUAUAAUCGAGAAAACUUCCAUUGGCAUUUGCUGCACAGAUCAAGCGACCACAUCACGUUUAAGUCCACAGGUUGUGAGCGGUUCCCCUGAGGAAACACCGCGCAUUGUCAAUCGUCCCGAGCGACGAGGCUGCGGCAUUACAACACGUCAAUUCCCAAGGAUAACUGGCGGUCGUCCGGCGGAGUCGGAUGAGUGGCCCUGGAUGGCGGCUGUGCUGCGGCUGGGCUAUAAAAAUGUCUGGUGUGGUGGUGCAUUGCUCACAGAUCGCCAUGUGCUAACAGCGGCCCACUGCCUUUACAAGUGCCCCAAGGAGGAGCUAUUUGUGCGACUGGGCGAGUACAAUACGCACCAAAUUAAUGAGACGCGUGCGCGUGACUUCCGCAUAAGUAACAUGGUGCUCCAUGUGGACUACAAUCCCACAACAUACACUAACGACAUUGCCAUCAUACGCAUUGAGAAGCCGACACUGUUCAACACAUACAUUUGGCCUAUUUGUAUGCCGCCACUGAAUGAAGACUGGUCCGGACGCAAUGCCAUUGUCAUGGGCUGGGGCACAAGCAAGUUAAAUGGACCAUACUCCAAAAUACUUAUGGAGGCUACUAUGCCGGUUUGGAAGCACUCGGAGUGCCAAGCUUCCUUUGUGGACCAUAUACCGGAUACAGCCAUUUGCGCUGGCUUUCCGGAGGGUGGGCAGGAUAGCUGCCAGGGUGAUAGCGGUGGUCCGUUGCUCAUUCAGUUGCCUAAUCAGCGCUGGGUCACCAUUGGCAUUGUAUCGUGGGGCUUGGGCUGUGGCGAAGCAAACCGUCCAGGUGUCUACACGCGAGUGGAUCGCUAUCUGGAGUGGGUCAUUUCCAAUGCGGAUAUAUGAAAUGAUGAACAAUUAAGGACAUGU